UAAAAUAUAUAAAGACAAUAAUUUUGAAAAUAUUGUGCCGCCUGCAGCGACGUCAGCGUCGACGUUAGCAGAGCGCAACACGCGCGCCUUCAAAACAUACUCACACACACACACAUACGAAAAUAUACAUAUGCAAAUGCAUAUAAAAGCUAGCGGCGCAUCAAGCGCCAAGCAGCGCAGCGCCGUCGGCAAAUGCAGCAGCGCCUAAGUUGAAAGAGAGAGAGCGAAGAAAUAGCGGAAAAAUGCGCGAAAGAAAUGAAGUUCAACAAAUUGUGCCAAAUUGUUAAAAUGCAAAACAAAUAAAAAAUAAAAAAUAAAAAUAUACAAAUAAAAAUUCAUAAAAAUUUAAAUGCAAUACUGAACGAAAAUGUAAGAUGUAAAAGCUCGCAUAACAGUUUUUUAGCAGCAGAGAAAACAACGUACAUAAAACAUAGAGUAAACUAUCGAGCGUGUUAUCGAUAACUGUGCGAUGACCGAUUACGUGACGCCGAUGAUCAGCAGUGUGCUGAAAAAGUACCAAACGAGCGCGACGAAAAGUUUGCAGGGCCCCGCCGUGGCGCUAAUCAAAAAGGAAAUAAGCAGUUCACCGGAACCACAUGAGCUGCACACGCAUGAACCGGCAAACGCCACAGCUAGUUCCGCUGCUCACAGCGAACGCAACCAACAGUUAUACGCAGCGCCGCUGCCGCUGCCGCCAGAGCUGUCGCAGCCAAUCUUAACACAGCCGGACACCGAUUGCGGCGAAUUGUAUGAGACGCGCUUGGAGGGCAAGGCGAUUGGCUGCUUUUCGAUGGGCGGCGAAAUGCGUUUGUGCUUGCCGCAAUUUUUGAACAAUGUGCUCAACGAUUUUACUUUAGAUCAGAUCAAUGGCAUCUUCGAAGAUCUGGGCAUAUCCUGUUCGCAGUGCACACCCGAACAGCUUGUCGAGUUCAAGGCCGCCAAGAUUUUGCCAACGGAUGUGAAGGGCAGCGGCUUGAUCACACGCACCGAUGCGGAACGACUCUGUGCGGCACUUUUGCAUCGCUCCGAUCGGAACAGUUAUGUGCCCGUCGAGAGCCUGGGCAAAGGAGCACUCAGCUUUCAGGUGUAUCACAAGUGCUUUGGCAAAUGCGAGGGCAUCUGCACGCCGGAUAUGUAUUCGUAUCAGAAACCGACGUGUAUUCAGUGUCUGGAAUGCAAUUGCUGGUUUUCGCCACAGAAAUUUGUUGGUCAUGUCCAUCGCAAAGUGGAAAAUCGCACCUGUCAUUGGGGCUUCGAUUCAAGGAAUUGGCAUGAUUAUCUCCAUGUGGCGCUCGAUGUCGAGAAUCGCGAGAAAUAUCAACGCAUAUUGGAUCAGCUCAAGGAGGUGGAACUCAAGGAAAUGCACAAGGCGCAAUGUGAACUGGAUCACAAGAAACGAAAGCAGGUGGAAAUGUUGAUGGAGGAGUCGCUGCUGUUGCCGCUGGGCUUGGUGGCGCCAGCGCCGCCGCCGCCGCUGCCGCCAUCGCAGCCGGCGGGAGCGCAUCAAGCGCUGCCCGCCAGCCUGAAGCAUCAUCCCCACACCCAUCCGCACCAUGGAGCGCGAGUCGAGCUGUUGGACAUUCCGAGCAAGAAGCUAAAGGCAGCCGCCUUGGAUAACUACUAUCCGCUGGGCAUACAGCACUAUCAGAUGAUGUAUGCCCACUGCAUGCAGCACAGGGAGCGCGAGCGAGAGCGCGAGAGGGAGCGGGAGCGGGAGCGGGAGCGCGAGCGGGUGGUGUCGCAGCAUCCGCUCUCGAGCAGCGCCUUCCAGCCGUGGCACGCCGUGAAGCCAACGGCCAGCGCCUAUUUGCACGCGUACAGCGCGUUGUCCUCGCUGCCCUACGCCUGCCAGGAGCCGCCGGAGCUGCAGAAUCCGGAGCGCGUGGUACGGAGCACAGAUCGCGAACGCUUCGAGCGCACCUAUCAGCCCAAUGUGGCGCUCGCUCCGCGCAAGAGCAUCCUGAGCAAGGAGCGCGAACGUCAGCGCGAGCUGGAGCAGCGCGAGCUGCAGCUGCACAUCAAGCAGGAGCGCGCCGCAACGCCGCCAGCUGGCGUCGAGCGCGAGCCAAUGCCCAAUGGCAGCCAGAGCAGCCAUAGCAAUCACAGCAACAGCAGCAGCAACAGCAACCACAGCAACCACAGCAACCACAGCAACAGCAGCAACAGCAGCUCACCCAUGCCCAAGGCAGCGCCUGUUGCUGUCGUUCGUCAGGUGCCAGCCGAGGAGUUUUCGGCGGGCAGCAAUGAGAUUACCUCCUCCACAUCGCCGGUGCCAGCUGCAGCGGCAGCGGCAGCGACAGUUGCUGCCCACCCAACAGCAGCAACAGUUGCUGUUGCUCUUCCGCUGAGCAACCACAUCAUAGCCACCGUCAAUCAGCACGCCAAGCUGCUGCCCAGCAGCAGCAAUCACAGUGAACCAAGUCGCAUUAGAAUCAACAAGAAUCUGAUGAGCCAACCGCUGCCAGCGCCAGCAGCAGCAGCAGCAGCAGCAACAGCAGCGCCAGCAGCAGCAACAGCCUCUUCAGCAACAACAACAAUUGUAGCACCAGCAGCAGCAGCAGCAGCAACUGUUGCUGCUGUGCAGCCCAUCUACUACAAGGCUGGCUACUCGCCCACGCAGUCUUCCAGCGCAGGCCUCAAUCUCAGCACGCACUCCUCCAAUGUGGUUAGCUCGCCACAUGCCAAGCAGCAGCAGCAGCAGCAGCAGCAGCAACUCAUGCAACUGCAACAACAACAGCAGCAGCAGCAGCAACAGUUGCAACUGAAUGGCAAAUCACAUUUGGGCAGCGAGUUUGAGCUGUCGACGGAUACGGAUGAUGACAGCCUUCAUGGCGAGCCGGAUAGCAGUGCGAUGCACUUGCCGCCUUGGGAGUUGGCCGUGGAUGCGCUGCGGGACACCAGGUCGAAGGAUCGCGAGCGCGUGCUGCACCUGCUGCAGCGACUGUUGCACGAGAAUCAAAAGUAUCGCGAGUCGAACGGGCAGCUGAGCGAGCUGCUGCACAAGCGGGAGGAGGAGAUCGGAGAGCUGCGUGAGCAGCUGCAGCGUUGCCGGCGGCAAUUGGAGACGCUGGACAAGCUGCGUGUGGUGCCAUUGAAGCAGCAAACGCUGCUCGAAGAGGAGGAGGAGGACGAGGAGAUGGAGGAGCUAGACGAUGAGGAGGAAGAGGAGGAGGAGCUGCUGCUGGGCGCUGACGAAGCGGAUAGCAAUGAAACGCUCAAUCAGGAUCAGGCCAACAACAACAACAACAACAACAACAAUAACAGCAGCAAAGUAAACAGCUCGCUCAACUGUUGCGCAACUGUUGUGCAGCAGAAAGAGACGCAGCAGCAGCAGCAGCAGGAGGAGGAGGAAGCGCCAGCAAGCAAGCGUCUCAAGCUGCAGUCGAACGGACAUGCCAAGAGUCCAAGUGCAAGUCGCAGCAGCGUUGAAGAGGACGACGAGGAGGAGGAGUUGGAGGAGCACGACCACGAAAUGGAUCUGGCUGAGCAGAUCGAACGCACGGCGCAGGCGCCGCAUAGCAGCGCGCUAGCUAAGCCGCCCACAGCGACCACGCCUCAAUCUCCAGAUUCAGCAGCAACGGCUGGCCAGCUGUUCGACGGCAGCAACAGCAGCGAAGAGACGGCCAUGAAGAAGACGCAAAUGUGCAGCGAAGAGGAGGAGGAAGAGGAGCAUGAGCAGGAGCAGGAGCAGGAGGAAGCGCAGCUAGAGCGAGCAGAGCAACGACAGCAGCAGAAGCAGUCAGAGGAUUCAGAUGAUGAUGAAAUGCCGCUACAGCAGCGACAGCAACUGCAAACACAACAACUGCAGCAGCAGCAGCAGCAGCAGCGACGUCAGCGUCGCGAUGCCGCUGCACUGCCAGCGGCAGCAGAGGCGACGCCAGCGCCAGCAGCGCGGCCCAUUUUAAUGGCCACCAAAGCAAGCAAAAAGCAAACGCCGCCAAUUACAACAACAACGAACUGCGAAUUACAAAUCAAAAAGGAAAUUGUCUAAGCCGCACAACCUCGCCCCUUCGGCCCCCGCCCCUAAAAGCCCUGCCCGCCAGCUGCAAACGCAUUGCAAUUAACACUUAGAACUUAGCUCAUAUAGUCGUCUCUUUCACACACACACACACUAAGCUUAGUUUAAGAGUUUACAAGAAGCAAAUGAAAACAGAAAGAAGAAAAAAAACAAAAUCAUGCUCAACGCUGCUUAACGCACACGAAAAUUGCUUAAAACAAAAACAAAAAACGAAACGUUUUUCAACACUUUCUCUAAAACCUUUUUUUAUUUGUAGCUUGUUUUGAUCUCACGUAUAACACAACAAAUUUGUUAGGCUUCCAAAAAAUUCGCUGUUCUUUAUGAAAAAAAAAAAAACAUAAAACAAAA